AUGUCGGGCGGCAUCCAGGACGUGCGCGCGGAGGACAUCACGGCGAUCAACUCCGAGUCCGGCGUGCGCAUCAAGACCGCCGUGGGCCGUGGCGCGUACGUGAAGGACGUGUUCGUGCGGCGGAUGACGCUCACCACCAUGAAGUGGGUGUUCUGGAUGACGGGCAACUACAAGUCCCACCCGGACGACAAGUACGACCCCAACGCCAUCCCCGUCGUGGACAGCAUCAGCUACCAGGACGCGGCUGGAGGGCAUCCAGGGCGCGCCGUUCCGGGGCAUCUGCGUCGCCAACGUCACCGCCGAGCUGUCCAAGUCCAGGAAGUACCCUGGACGUGCGCCGACGUCGAGGGCGUGUCGGUUAACGUCAGCCCGGCGCCGUGCGAGCCGCUCCAGGGCGCGCACGACGGCGCCUGCCCGUUCCCGACCGACACGCUGCCCAUCGACCAGGUCACCGUGCAGCAGUGCGCCUACGACGUCCCCGGCGGCGGCAACUAG